AUGGCGAAAACUAUCGACGUCAGCGAGACUGAGAAUGUCUCUUACAGCCAAUUCGCGUGCAUCGGCUCCGGCUUUGCAGCUAUUGGCCUCGGAGCAACGCUGAAGCGAUGGUACGGAAUCGAAGACGUAAAGUUCUUUGAACGGCAUAGCCAGCUAGGUGGAACCUGGUUCAUCAAUCGAUACCCGGGAUGCGCCUGCGAUGUCCCCAGCGCCCUGUACAGCUUCUCCUUCGAGCCCAACCCGCACUGGACGCGAGUCCUGCCGACGUACUCUGAGAUCUGGGAGUACCUCAACAACGUGGCCCACAAGUACAAACUCGUCCGCAACAUGUCGUUCGACGUGCUCGUCGAGCGCUGCGAAUGGAUCGAGGAGCGCGCCCGCUGGCGCCUCUCAAUCCGCCACCUCAAGUCGGGCGCCACCUUCUUCCACGAGUGCCAGUUCCUCUUCGCCGGCACGGGCGCGCUCGUCACACCCAACGACAUUGACGUUCCCGGCGCGGACACCUUCAAGGGCGUGAUUGAGCACACGGGCCGGUGGCGUCCGGACAUCGAGCUCGAGGGGAAGAGGGUCGUGCUCUUUGGCAACGGGUGUACGGCCGCGCAGGUCGUCCCGAGCGUCGUCCACAAGACAAAGUCGCUGACGCAGAUUGUGCGGUCGAAGCACUGGAUCUUCCCGCCCAUUGACAGAAAGGUGCCUGAUGUGAUUCGGUCCGGGCUCAAGACCGUGCCGGGCCUGGCGCGGCUGCUGCGCUUCAUCGUCUUUGCCGCGGCGGAGAGCUCGUUGCAGGGGUUCCCGCUGACGGAAGCUGCGAGCAAGUAUCGAGCUGGACAGAAGAAGGUUGCGGAGGAGUAUAUGCGGUCUACGGCGCCGGCCAAGUACCACGACCUACUGAUCCCGGAGUUCGAGAUUGGGUGUAAGCGGCGCAUCUUCGAUUCCGGAUACCUGAAGAGCCUGCACGCCGAGAAUCUGACGUUGACGAACGAGAAGGCGCUGAAGAUUGUGCCGGAGGGCGUCAGGACGGCAAAGGGGCUGAUUGAGGCCGACGUGAUUAUCCUGGCCAACGGAUACCACACCAACGAGUUCGUUGCCGGGGUCAAUGUGAUUGGGCGCGAUGGCGAGACGAUACCGAGCCAUUGGAAGUCCUUUGGGGGGCCCGAGGGGUAUAACUGUUCGAUGAUGAACAACUUUCCCAACUUUGUCAUGAUUAUGGGCCCCAACGCUGCGACGGGACACACGUCGUCCAUCAUGGCCCUGGAAAACUCCAUCAACUACGCCCUGCGCGUCUUCAAGCCCGCGCUGGAAGGCAGAGCGAGCACUGCGGUGAUCAAACGUGAGGCCGAGGAGGCGUACACCGACACCAUCCAAGACGCCUUGCAGCACAGGGUAUGGAACUCGGGGUGCAGCAGCUGGUACUUUCAAAUGUCGACGGACGGCACCAAGACGUGGAACGCCAUGAGCUAUCCCUACACGCAGGGCUACUUUUGGUAUCGCUGUCUGUUUCCGGUGUGGUCCGACUGGGAGUAUAGCGGACAAACGAGUUCGGUCUCGUCGAUCAAAAAGAGGCAGCCGCGCGCAUUGCUUUUCGUCCUGACUACAUUGCUUGGUCUCGCGGCUUGGGGGACAUUUGACAAGACAGGCUUUGUUGCGGCUGUAGCCCAGGCUCGGAUUUCUUUUGAUGCGCUUGUUUCCUCUAUUCCCAAGUAA